UCUGCUGCCAUCCAAGCCCUGCAACGGGGUGGCUUUGUGGCCACGCGGAGCCGGGUCCCAGCCACCUGCUGGCACUUGUGCAGAAACAGCCAGGGGGAGUGGGAGGCUUCAUCGCACUGUUAAAAGGCCACACUGACUUUGGCAAGCGUUGGGUUAUUAAGUGCGGAUUUCAGUGUCCCAUUAAGGAUGAAAUUUGCUGAGAGGUGGGUUGUGGGAGGUGUCUGCUGGCUGCUGGCGUUCGCUUCCAGCUCGCUCUCAUAGCCUGCUCAGAAAAUUGGUCCUUAUGUGUUUUGUGCAAGUGCAAAGCGCCCUUUCUCGUGUCCAAUAUUUAAGUUGCAUUCCUGCUGUCUCUGCCUCCCUUACUUUGGACACCCAUAACUCUGUAUACUUACAGUAUUUGCUCUGGCUGUCUCCUGGAGCUUGGCUCUCUUUUUGACACCCUUUCUCAUUGUUGAAGCUGCAGACAUAACUGGGAAAGCCACAAAGGCAAGCAGGCAUUUUUGUUGGACAAGAAGCUCAACUUCUGAUUCAACAGCUCAGUGACAGUCCUGUUUCUUGCGCUGAAGUUUCCAGGUGGUAAAGACCACUGUGAGAUUGUCAUACUGCUGCAGCUCUUUAACAAGUGUCCUCUUCUGAGCUGCCUUCUCCAAAGCUUUGGGAGAUGGAAACAGACACUCCAAGUGUGUUUCCAGGCUCAAAAGUAGGCAUUAAUCAGCACUGACACAUACAUUUGUAUGUAAUUGGCUCUCAUUCCUGUGUAGGCCAUUGCCUUAGAAGCCUUGAGGCUUUUUUUGCUGUAAUAAAGGAAAAAGAAAGAGAGAAGGUGUUGGACAUGACACUGGGUUUUGUCUGGCUGGGCAGAUAAACAGUUCUGCUAAAAUCCAAAAAAGCAGGCAAGCAAAAUCUCAGGAUUUGAAAGGGAGUCUUACCACUGGACUCAAAGGAGGAAAUCCUGAAGUGGCUCUAGGUUGGAGGCUGUUCAAUGACCCCAGCCUUGCACAACAGAAAAGGCAUCAAAAUAGCAAAGCUGCUUGAAAAGGAGAUGGUGGAAAACUGCUGUUGAGUCACAGGACUCGAGGCAUCAUCUAGCAGACUGGCUAAGCUGCUUACUAAUUGUUGAGUGCAGCUUUUGCAGUUAGCCAGAAGGCAGAGUGCCCCAGAGGGCCUCGCAGUUGAAGGAGAGAUGGUCAGGCAGGAUGGUCAGGAGCCUUACAUAUAGCCCAUCUCUGUGUCCCAGGCUCAGCCUCUCCAUUCUUCAUAUACAAUGGUGGUAACAGAUCUCCUUUUCUCCCAUGCCCUCUUCUCCUAUCUUCUUGCAGCUGCAGGCUGGACAUCUGGGCUUCCAAGCCAGGGCUCAAAAUGAGAAGAGUCUUGUGCCACCAGAAAUGCAUCUGUGGAGGCGAUGAGAGAGACAGCUCUCCUGGAAAGCCUUCACAGGACAGAAGGAGCAAUAAUUUGGAGGCAGCUUUGGGAUUAGGACUGUUCUCUUUGCCGUGUCUGAGGCCCCAGUGGCAGCUUGGAACCGGAGUGCUGUGGUAAUAGAAAUGAGGACAGAUUCAAAUAAGACAAGUGAUAUGUUACCUUUAGCACUGGGGAAAACAGAAAUGGCUCAGCAAAGCUGAGACAACAUUUCUGGAGCAAAGCAAGGUUUUUUAAACAAUUUCCUGAUUACUUUGACUGCUUGAUCUUACAGCACGAGUAUUGCCCUGAUGUUAUUUUUUUGCAUUUCAUUUCCUAAGACGUCCUGAAGAGCGGGGAGUGAAAACUAAAAUAAAACUUGGCAUGUAUUUUACAAGCUGUGCUGGCUUCUCCCAGAGUCCCCAUCAACCCUUUGAACCACAGCUGCUCAGAUAGCUGAGGUCACUGGAAAGGCUCCUACUGACUUCUUAUGGGCUGGAUUUGAAACUCCUGCAGUGGUGUAGUUGCAAGCUUGCCCAAAAGACCGUUUUGAUAGAAGAGCUCCCACAGGCUGCAGUAGAUGUCAGGCAAGGCCUGGAAAGGAUGGUCAGUUGUCUUCUAAGAGUGUUUGCAGCAGCUCCCAAGCUUUGCUUUGUCCUUCAAGCUCAACAUGAAGAAAUGUGGUUAGAAUUUUUUAUUUUUUUAUUUUUUAAUGGGGAAAGUUGCUUGCCUCAGGCCAAGCAGAAAAAAUGUGGAAUGGAUUUGGAUCAAACUUUUUUUUUUUUUUUUUUUUUUUUUAACUUUUGGAAUUUUAUUUAAAGAAAUAAUAGUGCCUUGGGCAAGAGCUGAAGCAUGGAAAAAUUUAUCCCAAAAGGUGGAUGCUUUGUGAAAUUAUAAGCGUGUGAAAACAGGUGGUUAAACUGAAAUGGUUUUACAGAUUGAAGCACAGAAGGUGCUACCAAAAACCUGUUAUAAAUCCUGAACUGAACUCUUCUUGAAAGGCCGAGGUAGAAGAACAGGCCAUCAGCAAGUAACCUGAACCACUACCAAACCCACAGGCGACUCAAGAACCAGUAAAGACGCCAAGCAAAAUGAGAAGAGGCUUUCUGAAAGGUCAGCAAGGGAGCCAAGUCCAGGCCCAGGCUUCAGUAUAUAAACUCAGUCUCAAAAACGACACCCUAGUGACCGACGUCUGGCUGGGACAAAUUUUACAUACAGCACCUGAUCCAAAGUCAGUGGCAAGUGCUUUGUGAUCUCCUCAGCGUUGGAUCGGGGCUUUAAACGUGCAGCCAGGAAGAAAAACAUAUAAGCACUGUGUUUCAGCACGCUGAAGGGUAGACAAAGAGCAAGAGCCAAAAUCACAGUGCCUUUUGCCGUGAGAAGUGGUGGACGUAUUGCUGAGGGUGGAAACACUGAGAGGAGCCCUGUCUGUUCUAUUCUUGGUCUGCACAGUAGUUGACUGAAUGGUUUCCAAGCACAACGCGAGGCUCUCACUGUCCUCUUUACUAUGAACCAAGUUCCUACUGGAGCCCAGCACCUCAGGAGCACGUCUUCUGGACAGAUUCACCUAAAAUAAAUAAGGAAAUUCAAUUAGUGAAAUGUUAUGUGAGUGAAAGCUCCUUUCUCUUCAGAUGAACAUGCCUCUGUGUGUGUGUGCGUGUAUGUUCCAAAGGAUGCUUGACUCCAUAGUCUAUUCUGGGAGACUGUCUAUUGCUCUAUCUGUUCUUCACAUAUCCUAGCAGAAAUGAAGGCCAUCCCCAUUUAUGCCUGACUCCCCUGAGCUCAGCUUUGUCUCGGUGAGGUCCUCCCAGAGGGCACAGCAGCCAGGGGCAGUGGGGCUCCAGCCCCACACUUUGCUCCCAGCUCCGUUAUUAAUGUGUGUUGGUGCAGUGCUUUCAGGCUCGCCAGGUCGCCAGGAAUGAGCUGAUUGCUGUCGUGUUACUAAAAUAUAUCCUCCACAGAAGUGCAGGACCCUAUGACUGUGCUUUGAGCCCUACAACUUUGUCUUCUGUCCCUUCAAAGCAGGAUGAGUCUUGAGGUCUCCUCACCAGCCUCUCCAAGCAGGACCUUAUUCUGCCACCUGGUAUCAGAGCAGCACCUCUCAUUCCGAGGCAACAGUGGCACAUCACCUGUUGGGCAGGAAUGGCUGCGUUCUGUGUCUUUCUCAGUCGGAGCACGGAGCAGAGAGAUGUUUCUAAUGCAACACCAGUGCUGGACCCCUUUGCAAAGGGCCAGCGCAGGUCGGAAUCUGAAGGAGUGGCUGCGGGAGCAGUUCUGCGACCACCCCCUGGAGCACUGCGAGGACACCCGGCUCCACGAUGCAGCCUACGUGGGAGAUCUGCCCACGUUGAAGAGCUUGCUGGAGGAGGAGAGCUUCCAGAGCCGGAUCAAUGAGAAGUCGGUGUGGUGCUGCGGCUGGCUGCCCUGCACUCCUCUGCGCAUUGCUGCCACUGCUGGCCACGGCCCCUGUGUCGACUUCCUCCUCCAGAAAGGGGCUGAGAUCGACCUGGUGGAUGUGAAGGGGCAGACCGCCCUCUACGUGGCUGUGGUCAACGGGCACCUCGAGUGUGCCAAGAUCCUGCUGGAAGCUGGAGCCGACCCCAACGGCAGCCGGCACCAUCGCAGCACACCUGUCUACCAUGCAGCGCGUGUGGGCCGGGCAGACAUCCUCCAGGAGCUGAUCAGAUAUGGUGCAGAUGUGGAUGUGAAUCACCACCUCGCUUCUCGAGUCUCCAGCCCCUCAUUGCGACCCCUCACCACACUUGUGGUCUGUCCACUAUACAUCAGUGCUGCCUACCACAACCUUCAGUGCUUCCGGCUGCUGCUCCAGGCUGGAGCCAACCCAGAUUUUAAUUGCCGUGGGCCGAUCAACAUCCAAGGCUUCUCUCGGGGCUCACCGGUGUGUGUGAUGGAUGCUGUCCUGCGGCACGGCUGUGAUGCGGCGUUCAUCCAUCUCUUGAUUGACUUUGGAGCCAACCUGAACCUGGUGAAGGUGGAGGCCUUGGAAUUUGACUCCACGGGGAGGGUCAAAGUCAACCCUGAGGCUCUGCAAGUCUUCAAAGAAGCACGAGGCCGCGCCCGGAGCCUGUUGUCUCUCUGCCGCAUAGCUGUACGAAGAAUACUUGGCAAAUCUCGUCUGGAUCUGAUCCAUAUCCUUCCAGUCCCAGACCCCAUUAAACAAUUUUUACUUCAUGAGCACAGUUAAAGGGCAACUGGCUGCUUUCUGGGACAGUUUGAUUUGCUAAACGAGUGAGUUGACAAAGCCAGGUGCCAAUUCUUUGCCCCCAGAAAAAUACUGGUUUGCUCAUGGAAUGCACAUAAUUCCCUGCCCCUGUGGGUUUCCCCUCCAGUUUUAGGGUGCAAUGAUUUUGUGUGUCUGCACUUAAGCUGCUGGUUAUCUCACUGGUGAUCUGCUGGCAGCAGGUCGGGCAGUAAGGUCACAAGUGUGUGUGGCUGUUACAUGAGCAAACACAGUAUAUCCCAUAGCUGUUAGCAUAUGUCUGUUUGUUACGACUCUACCUCUGUUAUUGCUCCGUGUUACACACGCCCUGUGUCUCAGAGGCACUUUUGUGUGGCAAACGUUCCUGUACUGAAGCCUUUCAUUUUCCUACAGUGUGCAAGGGAGUCUCUCCUUGCCUUGGUAAGGGGAUUACAGCAGCACUGUUCUCUUUCUGCUGUCAGUACCUGGCCUUUCUCUUCCCUGUGGAGUUUGUGGUUGCUGUUGUAAAAGUAGGUGUAUUUUCUUCUGUCCUCUUCUGGUGUAAAAUGCAUCAAGUUUCCUGUCCAGUGCUGUGCAUUACUUGGAGAAUUGUAUCCAUGUCUCUACGUGCUGCAAGGUAGCUGCUGACUUGGCUUUCUUCCUCCAGAGGCCCCGUUGCACAGAUGGGAGAGUAGCAGAAUGUGUAAUCCUAUCCCAUCUGAGUCGUUUCUACAGACCACCAGACCUGCUGUGGCACGUUAGCUCACCUUCCAGCACUGUGAUGGAUGAGGCAAGGGUUGGCCAGUCCUCCUGCCAACUGCCCAGGACACUGCUGUAGCACAAAUGAGAAGAUACAGACAGAAGAGGAAAUAGUAUUUUCACCUAUGGAAACUGAACAGCACGGAGUUCAUUGCAGGGAUGAUGUGAUCCCUGUGGUUCAGUCACUGCUGCAGUGGUGGUGGGUCAAGGACUGCGAUACUCAGACGAAGCCAGAAUGUGAACCUGAAAGAUUUCUAGGGUACUUUCUGGAAAAGCAAUGACCAAACUCAUCCAUUCACUGUAAAAUUGGUUUGAAUGUUUGAGAAUGACCAAGAAUGACCAGGAGUGGAGGGGCUGCUAAAUUAAAUUGUUUCUUGCAGUGCUGGAUAGUGGUUGAUGCAAUGGCUGUGAAUAUAUCUGUGUGAUUAUGAAGAAAAAGAUAACAAGAAUUAUCUGUAGACUGCCUUUUUGCUAUAUUCCAGUUAUUGUGACCUUGCUGAAGGCCCAGUAAAGUAGCUGACAAUGCAGAGCACAUAGAAAUUACUACCUACCUUUUAGUCCUUACCUCACAUGACCAGACAGAUCCACCUGACAGGCGUUUUUGUUUGAUCCUGCUUCUCUCAGCACUGUGGAGAAGGGAGAAGAAAGGAUUUUUUAUCUUUUAUCGAAGAAUCAGGAGGUAGCAUGAUUCUGAAUGAAGCAGUCCUUUAUAGAGCCUAUGCCAGCAGUGUUUUACCCUGAAUGAGUGCUCUGCUCUUAGACACUCCUUGAAUUGCUGCACACUUCAGAUCAGUUGCUGAAGGAGGGGUAAGUUGCAUGUCUUUUAGUUGGAGAUACCUGCUUACAAAUACCUAAAGAAAGAGCAGAAAGGUGAAUAGGGUGUAGCACUAGUUUAUGAAAUGCUUCUUUCCAGAUGUGCCAGUGACUGCAAAGUCACAGCUCAGUUCCUGGUCUUCUCACUGAGAUAUUUUUUGUGGUGGAGUUUGAUAAGCAGCAGUGAACUUCUUUGUAUGUUUUUGUUAUCUGCUGAAGCAUCUUUCUGAGAUGCUUUUGCAGAAGGAGGAAGGGCAGGAAGAAAUGGAGACUCUUGAUUGUUUCCUUUUAUUUCUGUUCCGUGCCUGGGCCUGGAAGAGCAGUCUUGUACAUUGCUCUGCUCACUUGUCUUAGGAUAAGGAGGCAGGAUUUGCAUUACUGAGCAUUACACUGUUGAGAAAAGGCUGAAAUGCGAUGGUCACACUCACUCACUGUUCAGACACUUUCAAAAAUCCUCAUCAGAUGAGAUAUAAUGGCCAGGCUGUGUAGCUAUGGGCGUGCUUUCAAGGUGAGAAGGCAGCAGUAUUGCACUGUUUCCUUUUCAGCCUUGCAGAUGGUUUAGGUUUUCACCGUAUGGGAGGCUAGGGCAGCCCAUGAGCAUUUUGCCUGAGAGUUGUGUGCCUGCUUUAUGGAAGUGUUAACAUGCCUAAAAGAUGCAGGCAGGUUGUAAAGCCGCUUGUCACCUUGCUGGUAGAACCAUAAUGUUUUGCAGGAGCACGGACCAAACAUAUUCUCUAACCCUAGUGUACAGAGGCAGAAAAUGAGGGAGGAUGUCUAGAGAAAAUGCCAUGGCAACAGCUUCUUUGGGUCGACUUUUUCACUCCAGUUUUUACUUCUUCACAUAGUUUUGCAAACCACUCACACAUUAGUGCCUUUUGGGAGAAAGUAGCUGGAUAGAGGUGGAAGGCACGUGCUCCUCUGGGGAGGCAUAACAAACAACUCAGUGCACAGUGUAACUGGAGUGCACAGUUAAAGCUUAGCCUCUGCAGGUAUAUCUGUUACAAGUUUCAUUAUAGCUGCCUUCUGUAUUUGGUCUGUUGACUGUUGUGCCCUUGAUUGACACUGUCCUACAUCCUUCCUGUGGAUAGUCAGCCAGUGAAGCCUUACCCAGGCCAACAGUUGUAGCCCUCCUUCUGUGCUCCCAGCCAUGGGAGUGUGAGUUGGAAAAGCACUCUUUCCGUGGGCUGUCAGGUUCUGAUAGGAUUCCUUUGUAGGUCCUGUUGGUAAGCUCAAGCUAUGCUGAGGGUGGGGGCUUCAGCCUUGGUUAGUUCCCAUUCUUUAUUUAUGAUUUGAAGUACAGUAAUCAUGACGCUCUAACAGUGUGCUGAACUUUGUGCAUAGGGGUGGUCCUUUUGACCUCACAUCUAAGGACCGUAUGGGUCUCCAAAUCCAACCUGUGUGGAGUUCAAAGUAUUCCCCUAACAGUGAAUACCUCAAGUCCCUGAGCCCUGUGGAUCAAAGGAUGGUUCCCACACUCUUAUAGCAAACAAGCUUAAAGUUCAACAAGCACUUGGGUGUCUGCACAAUCAAACCUUGGAAGUGCAGGAGGCUUUUUGCUGGACUGCCCACCCAUCUGCCAUCUUAACUGAGGGACUGUGCCUCCUGCCAAGGUUUCAGCCUUAAACCUGAGUGGACGACCUUUUUGAGGGACUGAAGAGAGUCCAGUGCUUGAGAACAACUCAUGUAACAUUAAGCUGUAAGUGUGAAGGCUGCUGCUGGAGUAGUCCUUGUGGACAUUUGUUGCUAGGCAACAUAAACCCAGCUUUGCCUAGAUGAAAUGGUUUGGUACACAGAAUAUCUGCAAUUUUCGUUGUAAUAAUGAAUCUCAAAUUAGAUUUAUGAUGUCCUGCAGGGCCGCAGCACAUAUCCUCUGGCUGUCCCUGUCCCUUUAAACCCAGUAAACAAUAGUCUUCCAGUAUGAAAUCUGAGUAAUAAUAUGCAUAUAUUAUGUCUUCACACUAUCUAAGUGACAUUUAUUUUUGCCUUAAUUCAGACUUUACCAUUUCCUCCUAUGUAGCAAUGCAUUUUUUUGUAAAAGUAUUGUUUUCCAUGCAGUCUGGGAGGUGUGCUCAGAUAACAUGAAUAACAAGUGAGACAUGGGAAACUGAACAGUUCUGCAGUGUGCAUCUCUUCCACUGAGGAAUGCCUGUUAUAUUUGUGCAUAAUGUAUGAAGUGUGCAUUGUGUGGCCUUGCUGUAAGUAUGGGGUGGGAUGAGAUUUGGAAAAUGGUUAAAGAACUGAAGCAGAUCUGGAAUAAGCAAAGAUAUGCAAGAGAGUCUUUUUCUUGUGGGUUUUCUUCUUUGUUCUAUAGGGACUUCUGAGAGCAGGAGAUGCUGGUAGCUGGCGUAAUACCCAAAUGUAACUUCCUGUCAUUUGGGUGUUGUGCAAAUGGCAGAAUGAAAUCUACCAGGUUGCAGUGUUUGUUGCUUUUUUUUUUUUUCCUUAUUCAAAUAAAGCACUUUUUUCACCAAAACCAGCCGUUGAGGUGCGGCACCUCUUUAGCCCAUUAAAGAAGGGGGUCUAGGAACCUGCCCAGGACAAAGCAGAGGUGACAGCCAAGAGUGUUGCUUCAAGGAACACUAUUCAGUGCUCCUUUCUUUUGCCCAGGGUAGAAUGAUUGUGCACAGCAGUAAGACUUGAUCCAAGAGCAGAUAGGAGAUAUCUGUGGUGGGUCUGUGUGUAGCUAAAUAAAGAUGUUCCAGUGCAAGA